UUGAGUUAUCUCCUCUUUUGAUUUCGAUAAACCCAGCUGAUUGAUCCUAUUAUUGAUUUCAAUAUUCACUUGCAUUAUCUCUCUCUCUCUCUCUCUUCUUUCAUCCAAAUCUCUUCUUUGAUUUCGCCACCCACCUUCGACUCACGAUCCCGAAGCGAUUCCUUAUCUCCUGCGACCACCGCCAAUUCCGACGCCGGCAAGCCGCCACCGCUCGCAUCCCUUUCUCCACCGGCAUCCUUCCAGAACGGGUUCGUCCACUUCGAUCUAGAUCGUCUUCCUUCAAGGGCUCCUGUGUUUGUGAAAGAGAGAUAGGCGCAUACCAUCAAUGGCAGGAGGCAAGAUGAAGAAGGAAAAGGGCAAGCCACAACAACACACGCCUUACCAAGGUGGCAUAUCUUUUCACAAAUCAAAGGGUCAGCAUAUACUCAAGAACCCAUUACUUGUUGAUGCCAUAGUGCAAAAAUCUGGUAUCAAAAGCACUGAUGUAAUCCUUGAGAUUGGUCCCGGUACUGGAAACUUGACAAAGAAACUUUUGGAAGCUGGAAAGAAGGUUAUUGCGGUUGAGAUUGACCCACGUAUGGUUCUUGAGCUGCAGAAACGAUUCCAGGGGACCCCUUACUCCAAUCGCCUCACGGUUAUUCAAGGUGAUGUGCUGAAGACUGAACUUCCUUAUUUUGACAUAUGUGUGGCAAACAUUCCCUAUCAAAUAUCUUCUCCUCUCACAUUCAAGUUACUCAAUCACCAGCCUGCAUUUCGGUGUGCAAUUAUAAUGUUCCAGAGAGAAUUUGCUAUGAGAUUGGUUGCUCAGCCAGGUGAUAAACUCUAUUGUCGCCUUACGGUGAACACUCAGCUCCAUGCUCGAAUCUUCCACCUCCUCAAAGUUGGAAGAAACAACUUCAGGCCUCCACCCAAGGUUGAUUCCUCUGUAGUACGAAUUGAGCCCAGAAAGCCACGUAUUGAAGUUAAGCAGAAGGAGUGGGAUGGGUUUUUACGAAUUUGUUUUAACAGAAAGAACAAAACACUUGGUUCAAUAUUUAGGCAAAAGAAUGUCAUCUCUUUGCUUGAAAAAAAUUACAAGACUGUGCAAGCACUGAAACUCUCGCAAGAAGGUUCACUGAAGGAAAUAGACACUAAAAUGGACUUCUCUAGUUUUGGUGACGAUCAAGAUAUGGAGAUGGAUGAUUAUGGAGUAGAUGAUGAUGAUGAAAUGGAAGUUGAGGAUGGGGAAGCAGAUCAGGUGCAAUCUGAGUUCAAGGACAAGGUUUUAGGUGUUCUUAAAGAGGGAGAUUUUGAAGAGAAGAGAUCGUCCAAGCUCACGCUGCAAGAGUUCUUGUACCUGCUUUCUCUAUUUAACAAAGCUGGCAUACACUUUUCCUGAUUUUAGAUUUAUCAUUUUCUUAUUAUUUCCUUUACUGUUUAAAUCUUUAGUAUUGGGCUGUUUUUCAAGAGAGUGGUUUUAGAUAUAAUGGUCUAUACACUAAUUAAUCAUUUUAUUUUGUUGAGCUCAUUCGUGUAUGUAUUUUACCGACUAUGGAAUUUUAGCAGAUUGACUGUUCUUUAAUUGCUUUAUGAGGAUCUGUAUUUGUAUAUCUUCUGUAUGUGUUAUAUUUUUGUUCAAAUGUCUUGUAUGUUAUAAAAAAUUUGAUAGUUAAGCAGGUUAGCUUUUAACUUGACACCCAACAAAUAAAAAGUAAAUAAAUAAACUUUGCCCUAUGGAUUAAUGAUACUGACAUGCCAAGAAACUUGUCACUCAACGAAUAAAAAGCAAAUACAUAAACUUUGCCCAGCGAUUAUGAGUAUUAUGUCCAUUACACUGAGUGUAAG